AAAAAACUAGUCAAACAAUUCAAACACUAAACUCAACACUGAAUUUGAAUUUAAAAACUAAUUAUUAUUAGAUUUUUAUUUUAAACACAAAAAACAAUUAAUAAUAAUAUAAUAAUAAUUGCUUUCAUUUGUAUGGCUUUGCAGUUGACUGCCAAACGACGACAGCUUAAGUCAUCGAUGUCUCGCCAAAGACACCAUUGAUUUGCAAAGAAAAUCUCAUUUUUAUUUUCUGCAAAACAUAUGAAAAGCAAACUAAAGACCAAAACAUCACUUCAAAGAGUCGACUCUUUAGUUGUUUUAUAGUUUUUGUUUUAUUAACCAUUUUUUUUGGCGAAGAAGAAGAAAGAGAAGACAAACAGAUGAUGUCGUCUAUCAAUAAGAUAACGCCAUUGAAUGCCAUGAAUCUGUUGCAGACGAAAGCCAUCGCCGAAUUUGUGGCCAAAUAUCGUAGACAAGAGUCGCGACAACAUAAUAACCGAUGGCCACAAUUAACGGGUCUUAACAUACAUCUGAGACAAUUGAUAAUCGAUUAUAUCACAAACGAGAAGAUAAAUGUCUCACCAAAAUUGAUCCAAAGUCUUAUAGUCGAUGGUCUUCAGCGACUGGAUCUGUGGUCAUUGUGCGAGACCAACACAUUGACCACAACAGAGAUAAUGGCAAUCUUGGAGACAAUCGCACAGAACUCCAAAUGUCUUCAAUGGCUUUCAUUGGGCGGUAAUGAAUGGAUAUUAAACAACAAAGUAAUUAAAGGACCGCUGAAGAGGAUAUUUGAAGGUAAACUUCAACAACUGGUCACUCUUCGUAUGCAAUCGAUUGCAUCGGGAGAGGACCUGUUGGCUGUUCUCAAGUCGUGUCCGCGACUUAAACGUCUAGAGAUCCGAAUGCCAUCGAUAACAUGCAGAGAUAUCGAUCGCAUCGAAAGUCGUCUCAAGACAUCUACUGAUGUAAUAUCUAAUCUCAAAGAAUUGCUUUUACCAUCGAGUUUCAAAUGCCGAUCAUUAAUGAAAAUGUUGGCCAUAUUUAGUAACAUUGAAACACUUAAAUGUGUGUCAUUUGAACAAUUACUUGACUUAAUCGACCUGUCAGUGACCAUCAGUCCAAACACCAGCUAUUCAGAAAUGGCUUCAUUAGCCAAGAAAACAUUGUCAUCGCUGACAAGCCUAACAGUGACACAAGCAAUGAGUUACGACUCUAUUGAAAGAUUGGUAACAAUGUGUCCAAAAAUUCAAAGAUUGUCUCUCGAAGUACAGGAUGGUAUGCUAUUGUGGCCAAUCACUAGACUCGUUGACCUAAAGCACUUGGAGCUACGGAAUACUCCGUCAGUGCCAAUAGACUUGUCAAACCAAGUGUUGCCAAUACUCGAGGCUAAAGGCAAACAAUUGGAAGCGCUAUCAUUAGAGUACUUCGAUGUCAUUGAUUUGGGUGUUUGUACCAAAAUGUGUUCAAAUUUGCAGCGCUUUUCUGCUCAAUGGUUCACAACUCUUGCCUAUCCCCGACCCGAUAUGCCUUCCAGUUUACGAGACAAAGCAUUGAAAGAGCCGUUCUCUGGUCUGACUCACGUACGUCUGAGACCCAGUUCUCAGCGCAACAUUCCUUCCAACGCGUGUGCCUUUCUGUUGGCCGCAGCCAAACGGGUCACCCAUAUUGAGCUUUACUGUUGCUUUGAUCUCAGCGACGGCGACGUUCAAGUGUUGUUCUCGAAGAAUCCGAUGACACACUUGAGAUCAUUGAUUUUAAGACACGGACACAAAGUGACCAAAGAAGCACUCAAUCUUCUGGUUAGCCGAGCCGAUGGCCUGGCCUUUGUUGACUGCGGUAUUCCGCUCAAAGACGAGUAGUAACUGAUAUACAUAAAUAUAAGUUAUAUAUUCAUUACCGAAACCCCCCAACAAUCACACUCAGCACAACACUAACAGACCUCCCAAUUGACAAUAUGAUCAUAAUUAGUAUCAUAAUAAUAAUAAUAAUAUUAAUAUUAAAA